GAAGUACGUCAUCACGUCAGGAGAAAGGCUCCAAAUUUGAAAACGUGGCUAGGGUUGUGUCCUGCUUGGAGCUGCGGACCAAAUGUAGCUAAUGGAGCCCAAACCAACAGAAGCAGCAGCUCCGGAAGAGACUAUCUUUUAAACUCCUGGCCCCAUGGAAUGAGCCUUUGUUGCAGCUGUUUUUAUUUGAAGGGAUUUUGACAUCCUGUUCCAACCCUUUGCUUUGAAGAGUGCUUGAGGCUAGCCCAUUACAAGAAUGGAUUGCACCCCAGAUUCUGGGGUUCAGGGUUUCAAGAAGCACCCGUACCACAGCAGCUCUUUUGACAGUGGUUACUCGGAUGUGCAAAGCUUCCCUGGGAAAACCAAUGGAGCUAAGUGUGCACCAUGUCGAUAUUUGUCCCCCGAAGAUUACAACGAAACGCCAAAAGAGAAUCUUACAGUAACUCCUAAGAAGGAAAGAACCACCGAAACAACCAGACUUUCGGGGAAUGAUUCGAAAAGGGCACAACCACCUUUGGAAGUGGGUUGGUGUGAAACACCCAAAACAUCCAAGAAAGAUGGCCUUUUGCGGCGAAGACUUAUCAUGGGUAAUGCUAAAUCCACCACAGAUGCCAAAACUGAAGUACAAACAACACCCUGCACUAAAGUCAUAGAGGUGUCACUCAGGUUGGGGGCCAAGCACCAUUUCAGUGGGUCUGGAAUAUUUUCUUCCAGUACGUCUAAAUCUGAGCUGGAUUGCCGAUCACCACUGUCGACCAGGAAACGGCGUCUCUUCUAUGCUCAAGUAAAGACGUCCACUCAUGAAUAUGGGAGAAACACCAGUGACGACCUUGAGAGGAACGUCUCUCUAUCCUCCAACACGGACCUCGAGGAACGCAUCGGCUCCUUUGGACAUUGUGCCACAGACCAGUUGGGGACCCCUCACUUUGGGAAGUUCCUGCCUGCACUUGAAAGUGAAAGCUGUCAAACACCAGUCAACAUGAUGGCAGCCAGUCCUGGUCAGAGUCCCUGUGCUCAGAACACACCCUCAGCUGCACUUACCCCCACCUAUGUCAGAUCUUUGUCCGAGGACAGCGGCUUUGGUUCCACGGUCCUCGAUAAAUCCCAAGACUCGUCGAGGGAGCACGAAGGCUCCUUCCAGGAGCUGCUGCUCUCCUCCUCGGGCCCCCGGGCCGGUGCGGAGGCGCUGCACCUAUCUGAUGGGAGGCGGCGGUCCCGCCUCCAGCGGCAGCAGAGGCUCUCCACACUGCGGGAGGGGGGCUCUCAGUCCGAGGAGGAUGGCCGCCACGUUGGUCAACCACACCCUGGUGGCAAGCGCCUCUCCGUGUGCUACAGCCCCCUUAAGGUGGAUGAGGUGUUUCUGGUCACCAACACCACGCCGUCAGGCUCCUCCGGCCUAGAGCUAGGCAACCGGAAGACGCCCCUCGGCAUGGUCGCCGCAAUAGUAGACACUGCCACACCUCUCCGCACGCCCACGGGCAAGAGAGACACAGCACCCUGUUAUAGUGCAGCCGCCGCCGCCGCCGGUCGCAAAGCCACCCCACUCCGUAACAUUCCAGCGGGCCUGGAGUACCUCGCUCUGACCCCCGCCCUGCAGCUGGUUCGUGCCAUGUGUCUCCGGAAGGACUCCAUGAUGCAUGACCAGAUCCCCAGCUUAGAGUUGGAGCUGCGGUCUGCGGUGGCGCUGCUGGAGAGCCCGGUGCCCAUCAGAACCAGCAUGCCCCUGGCGGGCCUCAUCGGCAGGAAGAUGGGCGUGGGGAGGCUGGACGUCCUCACGGAGCUAAAGAAUAGGAACCUCUGGCACAUCCUGGGUGUCAUCCUCAACCACCUGGGCCCCGAGGACGUCCACAGAUUUGGUCAGGUGUGCCCCAGCUGGGAUAACAUCAUUGGCCAGGAUAGUCGGGCCAGCUCCAGGAGAAAGCGUCACCUCAGGGACCAGGAAGCUGCUCUAGAGCAGGGUGGGACUGUCCACGUCACAGACGCUGAGACUAGACUGGCCCUAACCAAGAGGGCCGUGCUGGGCUCCAUCCAGUCCCAGUCCAGGAGUUUGUCCUACUGCACCCCACAGUCCGCUAAAAGCACUUUAACCCCCUCCGAGCUCAACACCUCACACUCUGGCGGCAGCAGUAGCAGCAAACGAGAGAAGUUUAUCCAAGUGGCCAAAACUCUGUUCAGUGACGAGUGCCUCAAGCCGUGCCCUCGCUGCCAGCACCCAGCCAAGUGUCACCCGGUCAAGAAGGAGGGAGUCUGCAGCCGGGCCGACUGCAGCUUCCAGUUCUGCACGGGCUGCCUAUGUGAAUUCCACGGCGGCCGCGAGUGUCUCAGCCGCUCGGCUGGGCGCCACAUCAGGCGAGACACUGUCGUACCUGGCAGCGCACAGAGAAAGCGUAACCUCAGGAGGCUGUAGAUAGACUUGUAAAUGGAUGGAUGAACGAUGGAGAAUGUCUGUCUUGCUAAAUCAGUCAUUGCACACUGUACUACUUUUCACGGCCACCUCAAAGCAAACUUUUACUCAUCCUUGAAUGUGUUUGUGGAUAUUUAUGUAUUGAUUUCCAUUUCCUCUUUUCUUCCAAAUCAAUUUUACUUGUUUUUAAAUGUGUUUGGAAAAUAGCUUUGGAAGCAGAUGCAAUCAAAGACGGUCACGUUUGAUCGUUAGAAGCGUAACUUUUCUUCUUCCUUUUUUGUACUUUAUUUUUUAGUUUUUUAAGCUUUGUAAAUGUCAGCUAUACUUGUAAAGGUAUAUAUAUUUGGAAUAGCACUAUAUAUGUUUAUACUCUAUACAUACAUAGUAUAUAACAUGAUUUGUAUAAAUUGAUUUCAGAAUUUUAAAUAAAGCCCUUUUUUACAUA